CGGUUCUGCUGCUAUGAGUGCUUUGUGACAAGGGAGUGUAGUGUUGGCUUUUUUGCCCAAGACUCGCAGACUUCGGAGCUGCACAUUUGUCAAACUGAAAAACUCUCGUUCGCGACUACGCGCCAGUGAAACGUGUGUGUGUGUUGUGGACAGUUGUGUUUUUUUCUGUUUUUCAAAGUUUUGUGGCGACGCUCGAGAAAACCGAGCGACAAGGUGUGUUGUACGGUACGCUUACGGCGUCGGCACGACGAACCGACCAAAGAGUGGGAGUGAGAGGGUACAACCAAGAGAACGAGAGCGAGACAGAGAAAAAGAGAGAUACCAAGACUUUUCAACGCCGCCAAGCGCUCGCUUCUGCGUCUCCCAAUAAUGGAUGAUAGGUCAUCCACGUAGAAUAAAGCAGGUACUCGUUCUGUUGAUGAUAAGUAAAAAUAUAUUGCGAAAGGCACAUCGACGGUGGCGUAAAACCACCAAGAAGCAAGAGUGAGAAGUCACUGGAGGAAGGGGAAUGAGUGUGAAGGUGUGCAAGGGAGAGAGAGAGCGAUGGUAUUGGUGUUUUGAGGAGGGGGAAGAGUGAAAUCCAGCCAGAGGAAGAGAACGAAGGAAGGAAGAGCGGGAGUGGGAGUGAGACGUAGAGAUCUAGGAGAGAGAAGGACGACGACAUAUUGAGACCGGAGAGGCAGGCGAGACGCGUGAUAGCGCUCCUGAAACGAGCCCGCGAUCGACCGCAAGCUGCACCAGUGCAAAACUCGACUUUGAAAAAUUCGGGAGUGUUUGUCGUCGUCGUCGUCGUCGUCGUCGUUUGAAGGUGCUGUGCUGUGUGUGUCCUCGUUGCUAAAUCGUGAGCAAGUUCUUUGUUUGUCGCGUCGCGCCUCCUCGUAUAACCAGUUGUUGGCUGCGCUGGUGAGCGCGUGUCGUGUCCUGUCGUGCCGAGAGGCGCCUGGAAUUGGUGGUACAUGAGUGUGCGUGUCGUCGUACACGAGCGCUCUUGUCGAGCGCUGUGCAACCGAAAGUGGUGCGCGCGCCUCGCUACCAAGGAAAAAGGGUGUGUGCGGAAAAUCGGAAAGGUGCUUCCGGAUAUGGUUGUUGCCAAUUCUGUGUAGGUGUGCCCAGGGUAGUUUAUCUGCCGGCCGAAUUAGUUCCAGUGUCUGUGAGUGCAAAAAAAAAAGGGAAAGAAUCGGAGAAGAAGAGAGGAGUUGAAGAUACAAGGCUUCUCGAGUUGCUCCUUCAUUCGGGAAGGUUGGCGCUGUGUGAGUGUUCGUGUAUAUUUGUGCUAGUGAGUGCGUAAGCCACACCAAGUGCAUCGCAGACUCGAAACCUGCUUGCAUGUGGCUGUGUGUGUGAAUGAGUGAUAUUCUACGUUUCUGUGGAUUAUUCCUGUACGCUGGAUUACUUUAUUACUCAGGAUUACUACAUUACUCUCUGUGGAUUAUUACUGUACAGUUUGAGGAUUAACACGAUACUACUCGAGACAGCUAAAUUGGGCUAACAGUUACGCUUGAAUGCGCACAAUGAUUGUGUGGCUACCAAUUCACAGAGGAUCGGUACCAAGGACGAAUGCGUGCAUCGGGAAUCGGAUGUCGCGGACCUCAACGCGCUAGGCGAUCCAAGUUCCUGGUGCGGAGACGACGUAGAAGAAGAAGAGGGGAAUCGGGCGGAGUAGAGGAGGGUUUUUGGCCGAGGCUCGUUGCGAUAGGUCCCAAGGAGCGAAAGAAAAGACAGCAAGUUUGUUGACAAUGACUCGAUGUUGACUCGGGUGGUGUUGUGAUAUGAGGGAAGGAGAGGAUAAUCGAAAUUUUGAACGGAACAAGUAGAAGAAGAAGAAGAAGACAAGAAAGAGGUAAAGAGGCAAAGAAAAGAAAGAAGGAAGUAGAGAGAGAGAGAGAGAGAGAGAGGAAGAGAGCGAGAGAGUUAGAGGUAGAGUGUGGAACGGAAGGAAAGGAUUUAUUUAUACUAGGGUUGACGUAGAGUAGCUGGGAAGUGAUGUGUUCAAUGGACGACGCGCGUCUCGCGGGCGGCGGUCGGGGUAAAAGUGCUAACCAAGGCACUGCUCGGUGCAACUUGAGAUCGGCGAGAAAAGGUGGGCGAUCGUUGACCAGGCUGGCGGGCGCCGGGGAAACGUUUCCAAGGGCAUGGCGACCACGCCACUAGGCGGUCGCCUCCCUAACGUUAACCGCAAAGGACCGUCACCGUGCGUCGGUGGUGGCGGUGGAAUUAGCUCUACUGGCUCGACUAACAAUCAGCGCAAGCAGCAGGAACAACGCGUCGCAAGUAGAGAUCAUCGGCAUCAUAAUCACAAUCAUCAUAAUCAUAAUCAUCAUCACCAACAGAAGCAGCAACAGUCUCGUGAGAAGCCGGGACAGCGUCAGAAGCAGAAGAAGCAGCAGCCAAGAGGGGAUCAGAAAGCUAGCACGGUGGCUGCGCAAGCCGGGGAACUGGAUCCGACCGCGACGAAUGCGACCAACAACUUCGAGUACGACGACAAUGAAUGGGACAUCGGAAUAGGCGAUCUGAUAAUUGAUCUGGAUGCCGACAUUGAGAAGACGAGGGACGAAAAAUUGAGCUCGGGAACAGGUAUGGCUUCUACGCCAGCCUCGGCAGUAGCUAGCACGAACCACCAGAUUCCGAAUUCGAGCGCUCUCAACUCAUCCAACGGCGGCACUCUACCCACUUCUUCAUCCACCGGCCCAUCGUUGUCCGCCUCAUCCUCGUCAUCAUCCUCCUCCUCGUCCUCAUCAUCGUCUUUGUCGUCGUCGUCGUCGUCGUCAUCGUCGUUGUCGUGCAACGUGAACGCGACUACUGUCCACCCGCAGGGCAACAGCAGCAGCAGCGGCGGCAGCAACGCCUCUAGUGGCACUCACUCCUCGAUAGGGUCUUCUGCCACAGGCAAGCACCCUAUCGUUGGCGUGAACAACCUCAGCGCCGGCAACCCCGGCAAGAUGGCUGUUGAACACUCGGCCACCGUCGACAAGGGCCUCAAGAUGAAGAUCAAACGCACGAAGCCCGGGACCAAAACUAGCGAGGCCAAGCACGAGAUUGUCAAGUCAAACGAGAUCAACGGCACCGCUCAGGACGGGAACGUCUCCUCAAAUUCAAAUUCUUCCUCCUCCUCCUCCUCGACCUCGUCCACUUCGAGUAGCUCCAUCACCGCCCCAAACUUGAACUCGACCGAGAGUCAGAAUCAGGUCAGUUCCGGCAAGAAUAAGCCAAGUCAUCCAGCCGGCUCUGCGACUGGAAACAAUACCUCGACGCCCGGAUCCAAGAGAGGAUCCAGUGGACAUCGGAGGGACAAGGCGCGCGACAAGCACGACAAGCCCCAGAUUAAUCACGUUGCGCAAUCGACCAAACCCGAGAUGAACGGGACGUCGAGACCGCUCCAGAAUCACGCGUCCUCCAUUUCCUCCUGCGUAACUACCUCCGCCUCGAUGAUGACAACGACGAGUCCCGCCACUACGUGCUCGGUGACGUCCAGCUCUUCCUCUCUGGCUUCCUCCGCUCCCUCGGCCGCCGCAGCGACGGCAUCAUCCGCCAACACCACUAGCGCCACCUCGUGCACAUCCUCCUCGUUGACGUCCGUCUCCUCCUCGUACUCGUCCUCGGCCUCGCCAAACUCCUCGGCCUCGUCGUCAGCGAUAGCAGCGGUUGCGGGGAGUGCCAGCAAUCAGGCGCAGGGACCAACACCAGCAGCGACCGCCCCUCAGCAGCAGCAACCCCAGGGCCCGCCGCCGAGUUCGAGAACGGGUGGUUUCCCCGCCAAUCAGGGACCUGGUGCCACGGCGAACAGUGCCGCCGCUCCCUGUCCGCCCGCGAGUCCAGCCAGUGCAACUGCUGCGGCCGGAUUGGCGGCAAAACCCGAGCAGACCAAGGUGGCGGCUGUGCCUGGACCUCAUCUCGCCUGCACACUUGCCGAAGACUCUUUGGAUGCCGCGGCCAGUCCGCCACCUGCCAAAAAGUUUAAAGUCUGUCCCAAGUCGGAACUCAAGGACAUGUCGGAUGUGUGCGUCGGAACGAGUGUGGGUACUAUUACGGAACCUGAGUGCUUAGGCCCUUGUGAGCCAGGCACCUCUGUUACUCUCGAGGGAAUCGUAUGGCACGAAACUGAAGGAGCAGGUGUAUUAGUUGUGAAUGUGACGUGGAGGGGCAAGACGUACGUGGGUACGUUACUAGAUUGCACGAGGCACGACUGGGCGCCGCCGCGAUUUUGUGACUCGCCGACGAGCGACCUGGACGCGAGAACGCCCAAGGGUCGAGGGAAGCGUGGUCGAGCGGCGGCAAAUGCAACGCCCGGCAACGACCUUAGCAACUUCACCGAGACGAGGAGCUCGGUCCAUAGUAAAUUGAGAAACGGCGGCAAGGGUCGUCGAGGUGCCGCCCAAAAUUCCCCAGCAGCGAGUCCAAGUCCGGCCUCGACGUCGGUAGUGACCGCGACCGCCACCACCUCCUCGUUUGUGCCUCCCAGACCCGACCCGGCAGCCAAGAGGAAGUCCCGGGGUCCCGAGGAAGAGGAGAGGAGCAAGAGGCGAGCAGCAGCAGCAUCAGCAGCGCCACCUCCAACGCCCCCGAGCGGUGGUUCGCCGCCUGCGAGUCCAGUUCUCCUCGAGUGUCCGGAACCGAAUUGCAGUAAAAAGUACAAGCACAUCAAUGGACUGAAGUAUCAUCAGAGCCACGCGCACGGCUCGGCAGACGACGAGGACACCAAGGAGGGCAUCACGAGCAUGUCGGAGAACGACGAGAGCAAUAUUGAGGCGCCAAGUCCGGCGACUCCGGUAAAGUCGCCGGCAGAGAAGCUGGAGACGGCUGUGAGCACGCCGGCGAGAGUUGGCAGUCCCGCGGCGAUGCCGGCCGAAACACCACCACCACCUCCUCUUCCUCUAGUUGCUGGCAGGGUGCCCUCGCCGAAUGCCGCCGAGACGCCCGCGGCGACGACAGUCACCACCACCAGCGCCAUCAUCGGCAACAGCAGCAGCAGUAGUACAUCAUCAUCAGCGGCUACGACCAACACAACAACCACUACCACCACCACGGCUCUGACGGACUCUAAGAGUAUUGUUAAACCGGGUGUUCUCAGGUUCGGACAGGAGGAACCUGUCUCUGUCUCUGUGUCUCUGCCUCUACCUGCACAAGCCAGUGCACCACCACCUCCCAGGCAAUCGGUACAACAAGCACAGCCCGUUCCGCCGUCAAGUCUGAACCCACCGAGUCCGAACCCUCGAUCGAGUCAGUCUCCAAGGCCUGUACUCUCUCCACAUACCACUGCGAGUAUCCCUCAACCCCUCAACAUACCCCAACCACCCUCGUCCACACAACUCCAAAUCCCAAUCCAGAACACCAUCGUCCCACCUCAACAACAAUGUCUCUCUAAUGCCCCACCUAGCCACCUCCAACCUCCCCCGCAGUCCCUCGCAACUGUUCACCAGCACCCGUCGAUUUCGCACAACGUGCAGGCUCAGCCGCCUCUUCCCCAAAGCACCCAACUCCACGUGACACAGCAGCAGCCUCCACUGCAAAAUCUCCAAAAUCUGCAAAAUCUCCAGCAACCCCAGCAGCAGACUCUUAUCUCCGGACACAAUCCGGUUCUCCAGAGCUUGUCAAACCAAAUCCCCCCGCAAGCGAGUAGUCUUCAGGCCGUAGCGACUUCCGGCGCUGUUGUUCAACCCCACCUGCAGCCCUAUCCGAGCGUCACGCUGCACGCCAAGAUCCCCCAGUUCAAGGUGAAACCGACCGCUGCCCUGAUGCCCGAGCAGGACAAGAGCAAGGAUCCGCGAGCCGCGAAACCUCAGGGAUACAAGAAGAAGUCGCGCAAGUCGCCGGGAGGAAGUCCCCAUCCGUCGCCACUCGAAGCCCCGCUGAUCGACUCGGCACGCGAAGACGUCCAGUCGCCGGCCUACUCGGACAUCUCGGACGAUGCGGCGCCCGUUCUUGAAGCCGAGAGUGUCAGCGACAAGAGUCUGAUGAAGCAGGUUCAGGAGAAGGACUCGUCGAAGCCGAGUCCCCAGAGCCACCUGCCAACUCAGUUCAGCAUGUAUCCAUAUUACGGGCAGUCGCCGUAUCUGGUCCCGAGUGUGCAGGAGAAAGGACAGGAUGCCAAGAUUGACCUGACACCCAAGCAGGAGGUCAAGCCCCUCAAUGUACCGCAGAUGCCUUCUAUGACCGGUUUGCAGAGUAUAGCAAUCACAGACAAGGACAAGAGUAAGGAUCUGGCUCAGGCCCAGCAGCAGCAGCAACAGCAGCAACAACAGCAGCAGCAGCAGCAGCCGCCCCAGCCGCACUAUUAUGCAAGUUACGGGGCUUACAUGUCGCCGGGGUAUCCGUAUCAGCAGCAGCCUCUGUCUCAGCAGCAGCAGCAUCAGGUCCAAGAAGCCGAGACGCACGAUCAAAAAGUAGUCUGCAAGAUCAAGCAGGAGCCUCAGCAGCAGCAGUCGAGCCUGAAAGAGAAGCAGCACGAGAAUCAUCAGAUACUGAAGGAGAGUAUUGAGAUGAAGAGUCAGAUGAAUCCGUAUCAUGUUUAUCAUGGGACGCAGAGUCAGAGGGCGCCGCCAACGAGUUCUGCGCAGAUCCAGGAUGACAGGAGGUAUUAUUUGUAUGCUGGUGAACAGCAAAGGCGGAAAGACGAUUGUGGAGGAAAGCAGCAGCAGCAGCAGAAUAAAGCACCGCCUCCGAGUCCCAAGCAUCAGCCGAAGCAGGAAAAGUCGCUGCUGCAGCAGGAGAUGGGAGGGAAGAGCGAUGAGGGGAAAAUGAAGCAGGAGGGAGUGAAGCCGACGAUGGAGACGCAGGGACCUCCGCCGCCGCCAACCUCGCAAUACGCUUAUAUUCAUCCGGGGUAUAUGCCACCCCAGCAUUAUGGAACGCUCAGCUUUGACCCGGGACACGGGGUUUACCGAGGAUUGAGUCCUAUGCUUGUUCCCGGACCUUACACUGGGAAUCCUUACAUUCACCAGUUGCCAAGGUACCACGGCGCCGCGGAAGACCUGAGUAGACCACCCGGAGGAAAGGCGCUCGACCUUCUGCAGCAUCACGCGAACCAGUAUUACUCAGCCCACAAAAUCCACGAGCUUCAGGAGCGAGCCUUGAAGUCUCCGACGCCCAAGGGACCGAGCGCAUCAGCGAGUCCCUCGUCAGUGGGCGGACCCACCCCCUCGAGGCCACCGAGCGGUCCGCCGACGUGUGUCGCGGGCCCUGGACCUCCGCAGUCGCAGCAGUCUGCCGGCAAGCAGCAAGGCCAGGCGCCCGGGCAACCCGGUGGUCCACCGGGCCAACCGCAGCAGCAGCAGCAGCAAUCUGGACCCGGCGAGGCGCCCGGCGGACCUCUCGGGAAGGACAGUCGCAACUCGUCCUCGCCGCCUCCGCCGCCUCCCAGACUAGUCCAUGCGCACCACACCCACCUCGACAUCGGCUACUCGAUGUUGAACGGUCAGUAUCCCGCGCCCUACGGCGGCAAGCCUCUCGUCAGGCCCUGACAGUAAGGCUUCCAGUUCCGCGCUUCCGCGACACGUGACUAGAUUCUCCAAGAAUCAUCAUCUUGAACAAUCACGCACUGCCGCCGUUCGGCGGUUAUGAUCCCGUCUUGAAUAAUCGGUAGGUAAGCAGCUACGUUCCCGCCCUCGUCCGAGUCGAGUCGAGUCUUGUUGUCCCAAGUGGCUGGGAUUUUUAUCAAUUAAAAGAGGAGCUUCUCUUUGCACUAUUUCAAUUGAGUGCUACUGUUAGGUUGUCUCUUGAAAUUUCACCUAUAUCAUCAUAAACUUUAAUGCUCUCCAAUUGUACUCGGAUUUUGAAACAGAUGUCGCCACUGACUCCUUUUCUCGCUCUAGAGCGAACACUUUCUAUCAUUCUUUUUAUUGUUUGUGGCGAUCAGCUAUUGGCUUGACUUGGCGCAUGCGUGGAAAAGUAACCUCCACUGCGCACGGCCAAAAGUUGAGCGCGAAUGUUCUAACAAAGUUUCCGCUCUAGAGCGCGACAGAGGAGUAUUCAGCGGGAGAUAGUGACAAGUGUCGCGCGUCUUUUUUGAAUUUUAAUUGGGUAUUGGAAAUUAUGAUAUGUUUGCAAAUUAGCCAGAGUCUCAAUUCUCUUAUUUUCAAAUGUUACGAAUUUUUGAAUUUUCCAGGAAUUGGCAAAUUUUUGCAACAUUUUUCAAGUGCUGCAUAUUGAUUCGAGAACUUGGAUAUAUUUUCAUUGGUUUCUUUUGUUUUCGAAACAUAUUCCAAAACCAACUUUUUGUGUAUUCAUUUUGACAAUUUUUAGAGCAUAAACGGAUUUUUUAAAGAUUUUUUUUAGAAAAUUUGUAAUGCUUCUUUUUUAUGAAAAAUUAAUUUCAAGUUUUUCAAACAAUUUCAAUUGAUUUAAUAAAUUGGUGAAAAAAUAGCUGCAAGAUUCUAAGGCAAGUUUUUAAACAAUUUU